CUAGACUCACGCCUUCACAGCAAUCAAUGACACAGCAGCUUUGCCAUGGUGCAGUUGGCACGAUGCCAAAGGGUGCUUCUGCUUGCUGUUUCCGCUGCUGCUGUUUGUACGCCGGAGGAGGUGCUGCAGGCACUUCGAUGUUUCGACUUCCAGGAAGAAGAGAAUAUCAACACGUACUCAGAGGAGCUUUUGGACUUUUGUGAAGCCAUGCGGGCAGAACAUGGAGGCUGUGUGCCUCAGUUGGCCUGCAGGUGUUUGGGGGAAUUCCUAGAGAUUGGUCGACAGGUCCGCAGUGACUUGGCGGACUUAAAGAAUCAUCUGGAAACGAAUAUUUCAAGGCUUCGGAACUUCACUGACCGUGCCACACGAUGGCAGCUGCACAUGCGGCCAGGCUCACCAGGCUCAGGCCGGGCGCACGAGGCACGAUUGGCCUUCUGGAAGAAGUUUAUGCCUCUGAAGCGCUCUUUGCACUGGACAGGCUCACUCGGCGCAACCAUUGCAGAUGACUUAGCGCCAGAUAUAGUCGGCCUUGCAAAGAUGGGAAGUGAACUCUUGGACUAUGCUAAGACCAAGUCCCGUCAAAGCGUUUACGAACUCCAACUGAGUCACGGAAACGGCUGUAUCGUAAACAUUUUUCAUGAGACGUGUGACAAGCCUCACUUUCGCAUUUUCCAUGCCUUUCCUCCGGUGCACGGUCCUGCUACAGAGGAGCGCUUCCUGGAUUUCUUAGGCAUUAGCAAUCCAGUGGAGGGACACUGUUAUGAGACACAGCUAGCAUUGUAUGCUCCAAGCCGUUCCUUUGAAUGCUUGUGGCUCCAUCAGAAUGUCCCGCUUCCACGAUUCUGGCCGAUCCUGGAUGAGGAGUACCUCGAGUGGGCGGACAUUUUGAGCAGUUCUUUCGAUGCCGCCUCUCAUCGGCGGUCGUUUCGCAUGGCGGACAUCGGCUCCGGUGCCUAUGGUCUAUGGGCGGCGCGUGCAGCCAAAGCUUUCCUGCGUCAUGCGGAGCCAUGGCAGGGAUGCAAGUUGUUGUUGGUGGAACCCUUCGAGCUGGGUGAUCACAGCGUCUUGCAGAGCCACUUGGCUUGGAACUUCCCGGAAGGGCGCUGUAAUUUUGUGGUUCAUGAAGAGAUGCUGAAGUCGUCUGAACAGUUGAAGGCAUUGCUGGAUGGGGAGCCUUGGGAUUUAGUGGACAUUGAUGCGCAAGGAUAUGAGCAUCCGUUGCUGAAGGGUUUGGCCUCAUGGCUGCUUGGUCGCGUGCGCCGGCUUCAUAUUUCCACCCACGAUCGCUGGAAACACUGGGAGAUCAUCGGGUGGUUGAAAGAUGCUGGAUGGCACGUGCCUGUGCACUAUCCCACCCUCUCUACCAGCGGGAUGACCAGCAUUGGACUUGAAAACUUCCUCAAUGCCGAUGGGCAUAUCACAGCAGUUCUGCCGACACUAGCAUGGUCCUGAUGCUGGGAUGCGAUAGAAACAUAAUCAGUGCUUGCGCAUGUGUUUUGGGC